CUUAAAUAUCCCAUCCCUAUUCACAGACCAGGAGCAAAAACAGAGCCCCACUCCCGUUAAACGGAGCGUCCGCCCUCUCCUUCUCGGGUCUCUGAUACGCUUCUAGGGUUUGGGCAUCUCCUUUCGUGCUCAGAGAUUUGAUCGAGGAGAAGAGAGCAAUGGGCCAGAUCCAGUAUUCGGAGAAGUACUUCGACGAUACCUAUGAAUACAGGCACGUGGUUCUCCCUCCUGAAGUGGCGAAGUUGCUCCCCAAGAACCGCCUCCUGUCCGAGAACGAGUGGCGAGCGAUCGGGGUGCAGCAGAGCCGGGGUUGGGUGCACUACGCGAUCCACCGCCCGGAGCCGCACAUCAUGCUCUUCCGGAGGCCCCUCAACUACCAGCAGCAGCAGGAGAACCAGGCCGCCGCCGCUGCCGCCGCCCAGAUGAUACACAAGUGAAGACCAAGUCGCCUCAUCCCCUUUCCUUCCUCCGAUCGCUCCUCCUUUUCCUUAGGGUUUACUCCUCAUCCUACCCUCCAUCUCAUUUCUUCCCUUCUGCUGCUCUUCUUGUGUUUGUGGAAAUGUUAAUCUCUGUGACUGCCAUAGCGGGCUGACUGUGACUACGGAUGUCACUACAUGGCUGUUUUCCCUCUAAAAAAUGUCUCUUUUCCCUACUCUUUAUUA